AUAUUCUCCACCUCAUCUGGAUACUGCAAAAACACUACAACUCAUUACACACAAAAUUAGGGCUUUUCUGCACUCAGAUCCUAACCCUAAAUUUCAACAACUGGUGUUUCCCACGAAGCUCAAUUCCACACUCUACACUUGAUGAUCUCACUACACCUUCCUCCUCGUCCUCCUCUUCAUCUUCACCCUCACGCGCGUUCAAUUCGUGAUCCUCGUUUCACCAUUCGCAGCCCUCGAUACACACCCACCAUCUUCAAUAGCCUCUUUUCAUCGAAUUGCGGCCAAAGUUAGAGUCUUUCUUGCCUCUUCCUUCGAAGCCCCAUUCCAAUUUGAACGCAGGGAUUCAAGUUUUGGAGUAAUUUUUCGCUCUCUGCUUAUAUUCAUGGACGUUGACGGUGGUAGUAAGCGCGUGUACCACAGGCUCGGUGGGCCCGGUGGAGACGCGAGGAACCAGAAAGUGUGUUUUUAUUGGCAAGCGGGCAAGUGUGAUCGUCACCCGUGCCCGUAUCUGCAUAGCGAGGUGGUGCCUCCUCAUUCCAAUUCCAAUGGUACUUCCUCCAAGAGGCCUCAUGGGUAUGCUGAUAAUUCGAGCUUCUCGGGGCCGCGGCGGAGCCAGAAUUUUAGUACCUGGGGUCCUGGUGGUGGCCGCGGCGGCGGACGUGGUGGUGCUGGACGUGGAGGGGGAGUUGGUGGUGGGAGGGGAGUGGUUGUCAAGGCUGAUAAAGUUUGUAAUUAUUGGGCUCAAGGGAGCUGUAGUUAUGGAGAGAGGUGUAAGUUCCUUCACUCUUGGAGUUUAGGUGAUGGGUUUUCUUUGUUGACACAGCUUGAUGGGCAUACCAAGGUUGUGAGUGGCAUUGCCAUGCCGUCUGGUUCUGAUAAGCUUUAUACUGGAAGUACGGAUGAGACCGUAAGGAUUUGGGACUGUCAGUCUGGAAAGUGUAUAGCUGUGAUCACUCUUGGUGGUGAAGUAGGUUGUAUGAUCAGUGAAGGUCCCUGGGUUUUUGUUGGCAUACCCAAUUUUGUUAAGGCCUGGAACUCACAAAAUUCAAUGGAGCUAAGUUUAGAUGGCCCGGUUGGGCAAGUUUAUGCACUUGUUGUGACUAAUGAUUUGCUCUUUGCUGGUACGCAGGACGGAUCUAUAUUGGUUUGGAAGUUUAAUGUGGUUACCAACUGCUUUGAGCCUGCUGCAUCACUUAAAGGACAUUCCCGUGGAGUUGUUUCAUUAUUUGUUGGAGCUAAUAGACUUUACUCUGGUUCUAUGGACAAUACAAUAAGAGUCUGGAACCUUGAAACCUUGCAGUGUCUACAGACACUAACAGAGCACACAUCUGUUGUGAUGUCUGUUCUUUGCUGGGAUCAGUUCCUUUUAUCUUGUUCAUUGGAUAAAACAGUAAAGAUAUGGGUUGCUACGGAAAGUGGUAACUUGGAGGAGACAUAUAGCCACAAUGAAGAACAUGGCAUAGUUACCCUCUGUGGGAUGCAUGAUUCACAAGGCAAGCCCAUAUUGCUUUGCUCUUGCAAUGAUAACACUGUGCGGCUCUAUGAUCUUCCAUCAUUUGCAGAGAGAGGUAAGAUAUUCACAAAACAAGAGGUACGAGCAAUUCAGACAGGUCCUAGUGGCAUAUUCUUCACUGGCGAUGGAACUGGUCAAGUUAAAGUGUGGAAUUGGAUAACGGAUCCAACUGCAGCACUCCAAUAAAGGGACACUUAGAAUAAAUAAUGUGUUUCCAUUGAUUGUUUGAGCAGUUGUUGUGGUCCUCCUUUUUGUAAUUUUUUAGCUGCAAGAAGGGAAUUCACCAUAUGAUGUGUUGGGGAUUGGGAAGUGAUCAAAAAGUGAGGGAAAUGGAGUGUGUAAUUUAUGUUUUUGCGGAAGGUAGUCUUUUGUUUAGGAUGUGAGCUCUGGCUUUAGUGUUAAGAGGGUUACCACCCUUGGCACAAAGCUUGCUCAAGUAGGCGUGCCUAUUGAGUCUGUAACAUUAUGGAAAAUCACAUUAUUUAGCAUUAAUUGCUCAACAAACACCGACCAAUGCGUAUAUAUGAACACUGAAUAAGUGUUCGUUACUUGGCAUUUACAAGAAACUGGGAGAGGUCUUAUAUUUCAUGUAUUGUGUUCUCUUUUUUUUUUUCA